CUGACUGAGCCACCCAGGUGCCCCAGGUUUUUGUUUAAAACCAGGGUAGGCAUAGGCAUUUUCUUACUAUCACUAAGAGAAGAAAGGGUGAGUAGGAAUAUUCUACCUUGUAGCUGGUUAAGAGGGAGCCUCUGUUCUUCCUGCCCCUGGAGCUUCCUUUAAUGAAUAGGCAGAUACUCAUUACUUAAUAGAAUCUUCCACAGAUGCUCAACAAACUUUUACUUUAAAGGAAGUCCUUCCUACAGAUGCGGAAGAACUAGUAGCUUUUAACUAGAAGGAUUUCACUGAGCCCAGGGAAAGCAAAACCAGAAGCAUAUAAAACGUGUAAAGCAAGGGGGCAAGAGUAAUUUAAGUUUGGCCUCCUGGACAUGAUGCUGCCCACAGCACGGGUUCUGAGUGGGAGGGGUGAGCAGGGAAAGAACCAGGAAGUCGGGGAGGUCUUCAGCUGCAGCCUAUCAGCUUGUCUCAGAUUUGCUUCUGUUUUACAUCGGUUUGUGUUGCCAUCAGAAACACUGACAGAAAGUGUAGCAAGCUUCAUUGAAAAGUUCAAGAAGAAAGACUGAAUUCAAAGGAUGUGGACUAAACAUGCCGAGUUUUCAGGAGAUCCUAAAUGUUCAUGGUUUUCUCAGGUGCCAUUGCAUCUAUGUGGAACCAUCCUGAAAAUUGUCAGAGGCAUACUCUAGUGGAAAAUCGAGGUCUGCCAAAUGUUCAGUUUUAGCAGUAAUGAAACUAAUAUUUAGUUGUUUUCACGUAAGAACUUAGAAAUCUACUGCCCAGUGAUGCAAAAGUCAACAAUAGACAUACGCUCAUAUUUUGUGGUUAACAAAGUGAAUUGAUACAAAAAUAUUGGAAUGGAAAGAGUUAAGAAGGACAAAGGGAAGCAAGUGUGUCUGAAGAAAAUCUGGCAGCACCUUCCCCCACCCUGUAAUUAGUUCUCUUAUGGUUGUGUUUUUCUCUUGACUUUAUAGGCAAUACCGUACCUGCAUUCUCACUGUCCUUGAGCUAUAUGGAAAUGCCACACAAUAUCACAGAGUUUUUCAUGCUGGGACUCUCACAGAAGCCAGAGAUACAGAGAGUCCUCUUUGUGGUUUUUUUGAUCAUCUAUGUGGUCACCGUGUGUGGCAACAUGCUCAUUGUGGUCACCAUUACCUCCAGUCCCACCCUGGCUUCCCCCAUGUAUUUUUUCUUGGCCAAUCUGUCCUUUAUUGAUACCUGUUAUUCUUCCUCUAUGGCCCCUAAACUCAUUGCGGACUCCUUGUGUGAGGGGAGAGCCAUCUCUUUUGAGGGUUGCAUGGCUCAGCUCUUUGGGGCCCAUUUCUUGGGAGGUGUUGAGAUUAUUCUGCUCACGGUCAUGGCCUAUGACCGCUACGUGGCCAUCUGCAAACCUCUGCACUACACGACCACCAUGACCAAGCAUCUCUGUGCCCUGCUGGUGGGGGUGGCUUGGCUGGGGGGCUUCCUGCAUUCACUGGUUCAGCUCCUCCUGGUCCUUCAGCUGCCCUUCUGUGGGCCUAACGUGAUCAAUCACUUUGUCUGCGACCUGUACCCCUUGCUGGAGCUCGCCUGCACUGACACAUAUGUCAUUGGCGUCCUGGUGGUGGCCAACAGUGGUGUGAUCUGCCUGUUGAACUUCCUCAUGCUGGCUGCCUCCUACAUUGUCAUCCUGCGUUCCUUGAGGUGCCACGGUGCCGAGGGGAGGCGCAAAGCCCUCUCCACCUGUGGGGCCCACUUCACUGUUGUUGCCCUGUUCUUUGUGCCUUGUAUAUUUACUUAUAUGUGGCCAUCGUCUACUUGGUCCAUGGACAAAAACAUGGCAGUAUUUUAUGGUAUUCUGACACCUAUGCUGAAUCCACUCAUUUACACCCUGAGAAAUGAAGACGUAAAAAAUGCCAUGAGAAAGCUCUUCAUUCAGUAAGAAACUACAUGUAUGUAAUGAGUGGUAAAGCAGGAAGUAGAAAUGACUUUAUUUCUGUAAGUGUAACAAACCAAAACUCGUUCUGACUUCUGAAUAUCACCUUAUUCCGUUAUGUCUAUCUGUUCAUCUUCAUAGGCUUUUAGGGUUUAGUCUUUUUACCUGAAUUGCAUAGUUUGGUUAUAAAACAACGGUAUAAGAUGUAUGUGGCAUGAAUCAUUAUUAUCCCUGUUUUAGAAAUGAAGAAACUUUGUCUCUUGAUGUGAUUGGUUAAUCAAGGUUAUCUGGCUGUGAGGUACCUAAGCCAAUACCCCAAAUCGGUUGUUUUUGGUCCAUCAUUCAGCUCUUUCACUAGCGAUCCAUGGUAUAUCUUUCCAGUCUGUGUGAUAACGGAGCUGUAGAAACGUGAGGCAAAAUACAACGUAAGGCAAAUAACUUCUUGCUUAGCUGUGGCUAGCAGUCUGUAUGCAUCCAGGCAGGCUUCUCUUCCUUCUUAUCACCCUGUAUGACAUCCCUGGCAUAGCUGCUGUUCUAGAAGACCUUUGCUCUGGAGACAGAUCAACCUGAGUUUCUGUCCUAUUUCCCGUGCUUACUUGUGGCACGACCUUGAGAAAGUGACUAAACAUCUAGCAGCCUCUGAUGCCUGUCUUUAAAAUAUAGAUAAUACAUAUCUAAAGUGUUACUGUGAGAAUUAAAUUAGAAAAUAGAUGUCAAAUUCAGAAUCCAGUUUCUGGCACAUAUUCCCACAACGUUUUAUUUUAUAUGUUCCUCAACCUUUCCCUAAUCUUCCAUACAGAGGCUGCCUUCCUUCACUUUUCUAUCUCUACUAGGUGUGAAAAUAAUGCUGUGCUUAGAGUAGAUGACUUUGUUUUUGGCCAGUGAUUAUUUUUCCUAACUCCCUGUUUCAGAUUCCAAGGGAUGCUGGGGUUCUGGAAUCUGAAAUGUACAUCCGUGUUUGCUCUGUUCUUUUCCUGGUUUUAUGAACUCUGACGAGACCCUUUCUCAGGCUUCAUUCUUUAAGAGUGUAGGCUCUCAUAAUUUCCAAAAAGUUUUUGUUUCACAGUAUGUAAUUCACCAUGUUGCAACAUACCCACUUUUUAUGCUUGUACCAAAAAAGAAACUAGAAGUUAAUAUGAAAGUUUGUCUACUAUAAGUAUGCACAAUUAGUCUCCAAGAACUGAUUCAGGAGCUCAUUAGGAAAUAGUUACUGCUUUACCCUCAAACCUCUAUGUCUCACAAAAAUAACAGUUGCCGAGUUCUUGGGGAAAAUAAAUGUUGCCUUCUUUCAUUUUGUCCCAUUCUGAUAGUCUAGUUAAAAAAUUACGUAUAAUGAGGGGUGCC